AUGUCAUACAGUCAAUCCUCUAUCAGGAAAUUGCCUCCUCGUGGCAGCUCGCCUAGCACAAGCUCUCUGUCGUCGUCCAACACGGCACCAACCCGCAUCAUCCCACCCAGGUCACAGACGAUUGCGUUUGUCGAUCCAGUUCAGAACCCACGUCCAGCACCCAUCAUCCUCACAUUCGACAGUGACGACGCGUACAACAAUGCGCUGCGCACCCCAGAUGGGAAAGCGCAAUACCUCGUCAAUACUCCGAAACGUUCCAGCAACACCUUUAUCACUGGACGUCGAGAAGGCGCACCGCAGACACAGUCGUUUAGCGUCAACUCGCUUGACCGACCGAUUGCAACGAUCGUACGCAACAGGUGGAAGUCGGACAAGGUUGCGUUUGGGGAUGGACCCGCAAAUGACAUUGGCAAACUGUUCAAGACGACGCGGGCGACGGAUAUCAUGUCAGAAGUCGAUCGGGUGAGAUUCAACGACGAAAACGAUCGGUGGUUGGAAUGGAGGGGUGCCCAUGUGUACCGAGCUUUGCAGUUGUGGACCAUUGACGAACCCCAACUACUCGUCGCCCAAUUCCGCUUUCCAGAGGGGAGCAAGCCACAGCUUAUUAUUGAGCCGCCACGAGAAGGAUGGGCUAAUCUCGACAUGAUCGUUGUCACAUUUCUCCUGCUCGACAAGGACCGAAAGCGCAAUUCUGGCAGCCGUUGA